AUGGAUGGCGGUGUUCUUUACGACAUUGGCAAUUGGAUCCACACAUCCCUCACACCUGAAUUUGAUUUGGAUACAUCCAAGAAAGAAAAGUCCGGCCUCUUCGUCGAAGACUUGGACCUGAUCCUCCACUAUCACUUUGUCCGCGACGAAGAACUCUAUACACACGAAAGAUUGCGUGUUCAACUCGCACUGAUCCUCAUAAUCGCUGGCGCCACCGCCACAAGGCCAGAUGCGCUGAUUGGUAAAGUGCUGUACAAGCACAUCGAGUUCCAGCUCUUUCCUCCCGCUGCCGAAGGGCAGCGUCCACGCCUUGGACUGAUGUGGAACUUGGAACACGUCAAAAGAUCUGCCGGGGCACCAGAGAAAAAAGUGUUUGGCUUUCACGAAGAAGACACACUCCUGCAUGAUCCAGUACUUCAUACAUUAGCAUUGGCGUUUGCCGAUGACGCGUUUCUGAAUGGGUUCUCUGGGCCCGAACAGAUUUACGAUCUAGCCGUUCCGCUGCAGUCGGACCGGCUGCGGCUUUUGUGGAAGAAAGAUUGGGCCGAGCGUCCAAUAUUCCGCACCACGGAAGGUCUUCAUAUGGCUAUUGACAAAGCCCUCACGUACUGCAAAACUCGCGGGCAUUUGAUACGACUCGGUCGAGCACUGGGGUAUGCGAAGAAGCUUGAGUUUUACGACCUUCGUCGUGGCUCUGGAAAGAAGUUGAAUGGUAUGACCACGCCGCAGAGUAGUGGGAAUCCUACUGACAGCAUGCAGAGGCGCUCACUCCAGAGGAGCGGAAUAAGUCCAUGGGGCACCGGCUGGGGGACUCGUCCACUUACCCGUUUACAGCGCCAUGGCGAUGCCCCGACAAGACUGACUGACGAUCAGAAACUGGAAAUUCAAGAUGACCCCAAACUAGCGAGGUACCUCCAGAAACGGGGAAGAGCUAUGGAAAAUUUCAAAUUGGAAGGCUAUCGUUCGUACGCAGCUGCAAAAGACACUGCCGCCGGAAGAAAGUACAGCAUCUAUCGAAAAAAGGCCGAAAGCCUGAGGAAAACAUUGACAGCCCGCCGCCUAGACCGUGCGAUUAGGGAGUUCCAUGAUACCAUUCAUGCCAAGGAGGUUGACCGACAGAUUCAGGGAACGAAGCCGGAUGCGGAGCUGUUGGCACUCUCGGAGACCGAAUACGAGCUUCGGGAAAGAGCCGAAGUAGCGCGCCUAUUCUCCCAAGCCGCAGAUGUGUCGAACAGAGAAGAGCUCCAUCAACUACGACUCAAACUCAUUGUGGCACUCUCUGAUCUUGGCAAACGGCGUGAGAGCCCGUGUCGUCGCCAAGCACGACAAAGUGCAUCUGGGACUACUUCAAGGUCGGCAAAGAUCUCCGUUGAUGAUCGUUCCAAACCUGUUUUGCGAACUUCGUCGAAGUCAACAAUCAGUAUCUCCAAAGUCCCAAAACAUUCGACAAGAUUCAAACCUCUGGACCAGCAGCAGGAUCUGCACUGGAUGCCAGUCGGUGCUAGGGACCGCGGAACACUUCACAAGUCAUACCGCAAGGGAGCACAGGGUCUUUCUGCCAUCAUCAGUUGUUCUAGGGUAGCCUCGACGAAGGAGAACUAUCUAGGGCUUGUUCAAGUCUAUGAGAUGUUGUCGAUAAGAUCCGAGGCUUUGUGA